AGCAAGGCCACCACCCCGCUCGGCGCGGCUACGCUAACCAUCUACCCCAUGAUGGAGAUGGUGCCAUGAGUAUCUCCAGUAUCUUGGAUCCGAAGCCGGGGCAAGGGCCCGAAGCCAGCCGGUCCUGGGAAAGAUCACGGAAGGUCAUAUACGACUGCUUCAAGAUAUCAUACUUCAAUGGCUAGUAGUGCUGCUCAAGGGCCCUGUACUCACACUGAAUCAAGAGUGCAAUCAUUCGCACAAACCCGUCAUUAAUCUCCGCCUUGGCCUCCAACCAUCACCAUGGGUGUCAGUAAAUCCGACCCAGUCAUCAUUGUGGGCGCCGGUGCGUUUGGCCUGUCCACGGCCUACCACCUGUCCCUGGCUGGUUACACGGACAUUUCCGUUUUCGACAAGCACGAGCAAAUACCCCCCCGGGACUCUGCUGCCAACGACAUCAACAAGAUCUUCAGAGCAGAGUACGAGGACCCUUUUUACACGAAUCUCACCAUUUUAAGAUUUCUUCACUGCGUCUCGGCCAACGCCCCUGAGCGGGCCGCCGAGACUUUGCACAGGUUCCAGAAGGCCUCGGAAGACCACCCCCUUCUCGCAAAGUACGUUGUGCCCAUUAAGGGUGGCCAGGGCAUCAACUACAAUGUCUGGCAGUACGGCGAGGGCCCAUGUUCCGGCUGGAAGGGUUACCUCAACAAGUUUGACGGAUAUGUCCACUCCGGCAACGCCCUGAUCGCCCUCCACAACGCAACCCGGGUACGAGGCGUAAAGUUCUUCCUCGGACAGCACGGCGGCGUUCAAGAGAUUGUGUACCAGAACACCGGCGCCGGCCGGAAGGCAACCGGUAUCAAGACACAGACUGGCAGUCAGAUCUCGGCGAAGCUUGUUAUUAUUGCUACCGGUGCGGCGGCGGCGAGACUGGUACCGGAGUGCGGCAAGCAGGUCGUCGCCAAGUCAUGGUCUGUCGCUCAUGUCAAACUGACAGACGACGAGACGUCUGCGCUCCGCGGUAUCCCCGUUAUCUACGCGCGCGACCUCGGUUUCUACUUUGAGCCGGAUCCCAAGACCAGCCUCCUCAAGCUGUGCCCCAUGGGCGGAGGAUAUGGAUACCAACAAUAUGUGAACACGGAUCCCAAGACGGGUCUCUCGCUUCCGCCGGCGUACGAGGAGAGCCAAUUCAUGCCGCCACAUGACCAGGUUAAGGUGCGGCAGCUGCUGGCGGAAACGCUUCCGGCUCUUAAGGACCGCCCGCUGGUUAAGCAGACUAUCUGCUGGUUCGCUGAUACGGCUGACUCGGACUUCAUCAUCGAUUAUGUCCCCAAGUCGAGUGAUUCUGUGGUCCUGAUGUCUGGCGACUCAGGCCACGCUGCCAAGUUGAUUCCACUCGUCGGCGACUGGAACCUUUUGGAGGCCCCUGAUAACAAGCAGCCGAUUCAGAGAUGGCGUUGGAAAGAACCUGAGGAGAAGGAGGCAGGGAAGUGGGGUGAUACUGUUGUUACCGUCAGCUGGCGUCUCGGUAACACCGAGGAGUUUGCAAAGAUUCGCCAGGCAAGGACGUCAAAGUUGUAGAUUAUCUAUCAGCAUAGCAUCAUUUUAUGAAUCACGUUUAUCUAAGAUUUUAC